UUCUUUGCAUUUUCAACAAAAAAAAAUAAGAGAAUAUAAAAAGUAUAAAAAGUGAGCAGCUCAAAACGAAAAAAAAAAAACGGAAAGAAAACCAAAGUGCCGCGGAAAAACUAACUGUUAAGCCUGUGAAAAUCCGAAACGAGUGACUGGCCAAAGCAAACGGCCCAAAGGAUACAAACGAAAUCAAAACCCCCCCAAAGAUCUGGAAGUUCUAGCCGAAAGCCGACGGAAGACAGCAACUAGUUGUUAGCAGCUACCCCUAAAUAAAGCCAGAGGCCAACCAGGUUCAAACGGCCGUGUGUACUCCAAUACAAACCCAUAACCAAACCCAAACCUACACCAACUCCAAUCUCCAAUCCUGCUGCCCAGUGAGGCCCAAACUCCCCGGCCAGAGUAGACAAUUGAUUAUUGAUUUUGUCUAAGGCUGGAAGAACUUCACAGCUUAACGCAAACACAAACUUGGCAGCGGGGCAGCAACAACAACAACAACAACACAAAGGGCGACGAAAGCCGGAGAAAAGCGUGAAAAGCGAGAAAAGCGGCAAAGAAGCAGCGGUGGGAAAAGCACGUUGAAAGGCGGCCAGAAAAAGAAAAGAAAAACAAAACGAAGCCAGCGCGAAAAGCCAGGGAAACAACUCGGUGGAACUCCGGUGUGGGCCAGUGUUGUGCAAUGCCAGGCUCAGGCCGGCAAAGUGUUGGUCAGCGGCGUGGGGCCUGAAGACCCACAAGAGCAUCGAGCGCCCAGAAGGAAGCAAUCGGUUGUAGGGACAAUCCCCCAGAGCCGGGACUUUCUCCCUCGACCGCCCUUCCGACCAAAAACCACCUGACACUCUAUCACCCCUCAAACACCACCACCACCUAUAGCACCACUAGCACCACUACCACUACCCACAUCAACUGAUUCUACCCGCUGGUUAGCCCAACCCCCCGCAGGAGAAAAAGCCGCCAAGAUAAGCCGUCUAAUCGAGAAGCUGCGACAGACCAACAAACGGAAAAUGUUCUGCUCGCUGGCCCAGACGCUCUUCUGCGUCCUGCUCAUCCAGGGAGGACUCUAUGCCCUCCACCUGAGCGGCAAUGGCAACAGCAACAACAACAACAACAACGACAAGUCCCUGGGCGAAGGGACGAAGAUUCCCGGUCAGCCGAUGGGUCCGUCCAGCUCGCAACUGCAGCUGCAACUGCAACAGCAUCAGCAGCACCAGCAGCAGCAUCAGCAGCAGUUGCAGCAUCCCGGAGGAUCUCCGCCAGGCGGUGGAUCUUCGUCGCCACAUAAUGGCCAUCGAUCCGCUGCAGCGGCUGCCUUCGAUGCCACUACCGUGCGGCUGAACAAGGAGAUCGCGGACAUGGCCCAGCUGGAGCGGGAGCGUCUGAUGCUCCUGGCCAGGGCCAAGCAGACGGCGGAGCAGCCACCGCCGGCGGGAGGCAACCAACGCGGCCAUCCCUUCAUCGCCGGCCGGAUUCAGAUGCAGCCCAGCGAGGAGCUGGAUGUGGGAGAUUACCCAGCUCUCCUGCAGCAGGCUGCCCGGGGUUACAUCUUCGGCAGUGUGCAGAAGCAGCCGCCCACUCCGCUCACCCUGGAGCAGGACUACGAGCAGCUGCGGGAGCUGGAGAACCGGCCGGUGAAGUACUACGGUCGGGUGGUGCAGCCGGCGGAGCGCGAGGAGCGGGAGGAGGCGCUCUACGAGCCGCUGCACUCGUUCGGCGACUUCGACGACUUCUCGGAACUCGAACAGGAGCAGGAGCCGCACAUGGGCGAGGACGAGCUGCUCCGCGAACUGGAUGCGUACCAGUACCACGGGCUGGAGGAGGAUCCCCUGCCGGAGAACCCGUAUCGCACCCUGGAGCAGCUGGAGCUCAAUGCUCCCGACUCCCUGCAGCAGCUUUUCGAGCAGGAGCAAAGGGAUGCCCCCGCGAAGGGAGUGGUGCACUCGAAUAAGAACCACAACCCAGGAGGUUAUAACAUCAGGGUGCAGCAGAAGUGGGCCAGGAAGCGGAAUGGCCAGGGAGUGGCCCACAAUUCCGAGGCGGAGAAGCAGUUGCAGCGGCAGAUCUUCGCCCAGCACUUCAAGCCCCAAAGGAAUGGCAAACUGUCGCUCUCCGCAAACUCAGAAGCCACGGCCACGAAGCAUCUGAAGCCAGUCAGUCGAUCGGGAGCAAAGGAUGCGGAGAAAUCCAACAAUGAACUGGGAGGCAGUGCAUCCGGAACGGGAACCUCGUCGGGCAAACAAACAGCCGAGGGAUUGGCAAAGCAGCAGCAGGAGGCGGAGGAGCAGCAGGCGCAGGACAAGAAGGAUCCCAGCCACAAGCGAUCGGGAGCGGCGGGUGGAUCCCCAAGUGGAGGUUACCCCGCGCAGCCACCUGUUUCCCACAGCAUCGCCAGCCAGCUGAUGCUGCGCACCGCCCGCGGUCAACGGCAGUACGACGUGCCACAAAUCGAAUGUCCCACCGCCAUGGAUGGCAUGGAACGGUUCGCCUGCCCGAUUCCCGACCGGCAGGGCAGGUAUCGCUGCAUAGACGAUCAUGUGCUGUGCGACGGCUUCAUCGAUUGUCCCGACGGCGAGGACGAGGACCGGAGGUCCUGCAUGUUCUACAAGACGACGAAGGCUCACUUGGAUGUGUUAGCGGAUGCGUUACUGCGCUGGGCGCGAGGGCGUUAAGCUACACCCCCACCCACCAAACACACACACACACCCCUUCACACACACACACAGAAAGACACUCUUUAAGACACAGAAAACACACCACACUCACACACAAGUACACCUAAAGAACUCACUCUAAACAUUAAUGACAAAAAUUAGUUUUUACGUGACCCGAGUCAAGCAAACCCUAUUAAGUUUAAACAUUACUCAGAAAAAACCACUCACACUGACAAGCCAACCACCCGAAUGUCCUUUGAGAGACGAGAGGGGAGAGCUCCCGAUAAAUUCCCGAGAAAAGCCGAUACCGAUACAAAAAAAAAAAGAAAACAAAAGAAAAGUGCAGCUUGCAGAAAGCUGAUUGGAUUGCCAAGUAAGAGAACAGAAAGCUAUGAUUAAAAACAAAAUGAGGCAGCAAUUAUGCUUAAUGAAAAGGUAUGAUUAUUAUUACACUAUUAUUAUUAAAAUUAACUUAAUGAAAGCCCAAGAACAAAAUGCAGUUAUACAUAUUAAAGCUAAAUUAUAAUUCAACCAAAAAAAGGACAACAAAAAUAAGACAAAAUCGAGCGGUUUUUUUCGUUUUCAAUUUGUUUCGCAGGAACAGAAAAAAAAAUGAUGAGGAAAAACAAAAUUGGGCCUAACUAUUUUUAGUAUAUAUUAAACAAAUAUAUUAUAAAUAUAUCUUACUAUAUGAAAUAUAUUUCGUGUACAUUAUUUAAUUAUACGUGUAUUAAAGUUUAAAUGUUAAAUAAACCAAAUGAAAUGAAAUCAAAACGAAGCAAGCAGAAAAUAAAGCGAUAAAAACACGAUGAGGCAGCAAGCAAAAGAAGAAUGAAAUUAUAUAUACAUAUACACAGAAAAAAAACCGACAUUAAAUAUAUAUUAAUAGUAUACAUAUACCGAUAACAAACAAAUAUACAAUUGAAGGAAAAUAUUGCAUUAGGUUUUAUUGCUGAUAACUGAACAAGCUAAUGAGUGCAAUAUAAAAUACUUAUAUACAAUGCAAUAACAGCAAGAUUAGCGACAAAAACAAACAUUUACAACUUAGACGAUGAAGCAAAACAUUUACAUAAAGAAAAAGACUUGACUUCAUUAAAACCCAGUUUUGUUCGAUAGUUGAGGCUUCAAAUCAUUAACUCGUUUCGUUUUGUUUAGGGUUUUCUCAUUAUUAAAAAUACUUUUGCCACUAUAAAUGAUUUGCUAUGUUUUAAUUUCCAUCAUGUGUGUAAAUAAUACUUUCAAUUAUCGCCUUUGGUUGACUGUAAAGAUCUGUCCCAACUCCACCAAAGUUUUUAGUUUGUUCAUGAGUGACAACAGUUCUCACGGAAACGGCAGCUAUCUGUAGUUAAGUAAAUUUAUUUACAUAAUUAACGUAUAUUUAAAUAACAAUGGACUUAUAAAUAUACAUAAACCGAUAAGCUUCUAAGCGAAAACGAAAGUCUUGUAAAAAUGCUAAAUAACACUUAUCCAGUCUCGACCUUUUAUCCAAACCAUAAUUGUUUUUAUUUCGACUCAUUUUGUAUAUUUUAUUCUCGCUGUUCUCUCAAUUGGAAACGCUGAAAAUUCAACCUUAAACCAAUAAUGUUCUGGUCAAAGAAAUUAUUCGCUUUUAUUACGCCUUUUAAAGGGGGCGAGUUCCCAACACAAUCAAUCAAUUAAGAAAUACAAUCAAGCAAAUUUUUAAGCCGAAAUUUACGAAUUAAAAUUUUUAAACGGUUGUGUAUGCAAACAAAUAACAACGGAAAGAUAAACGCAAGCGAAUAAAUGGCGCAUAUACAAUAAUAAUGAGUACACUCUAAAGCGAUUUUCACCCAUUGCAUUUCCUGCGUUUCCCUCGGAAUUUCCCAGUUCAAUUUCCGUUUUUCAUUCAACCGCCGGUUGCACAAGAUGCGUGUUUUAAUAGCGCUUCAUUUCACGGAUCCGCAAUCAAUCGAUAUUUUCCCUUUUAUUUUUUCGGUCCAAUGUAUGCAUGUUACUCAAUUGCUUUGUGUAAAAACCUAAACACGUUUAAUUAUUUUAAAUGGAAUAACAUAUGAAAUUGCGAGCAAUAAAAUUUCAUAUCUUAUACACAGUACGUAUAAAAAAUUGCAAACAAAUUAUAUAAAUCUAAUUGAGAAUACGUUUACGAGUAAGUUUUUAUUUCACAUCGAUCCCCAAACUCCUGCCCUCCUAUAUCAACGAUCUUCGUUAUUAACCAAAAGCAAAAAAAAAAAAAACCAAAAACAAAAAACAAACAUAUAUAGGAGACAACCUUGGUGUUUUCUUUUAAUUUAUUGGUUCAGUAAAACAUUAAACAUAAAUAACUGCAAAAUAACCCACCUUUAAAUAUAAAUGAAAGUAAAUUAAUAAUAACAAUUUCUAUACCAUACGAAGAUACUAAACGCAAGACAACGUGUGUAUAACUCUAAGAUAAAAAAGAUAACUACCGUAACGAAUACGAAUACGAAUACGAAUAAUGAAUGUAUAUGCAACUAAAUGUAAUCCUUGAAAUUAUGCACAAAUCGAGAAUCCAAACAAAAAGAACAGAAGCGCACUAAAUACUACAACCAGAGGACAAAACAACCAGAAAACAAAUCAAAGACGAACAAAACUUUUAAUCACAUUUUUUGAACGAACGACAAUUGAGGUAAAGGUAUAGAAAAAAGAACACACACACACAGACAUACAAAUACAUAUAUUUUUGGCCUAUUUUUCUAUAAUCCUAACAAAAACAAGAUUGAAAUUUUAAAAGCUAAACGACAACUUCUAUAGGGACAAACCAAAGGAAAUGACAUAAGUUCGACUGUAAAUAACAAAAGCUAACGAAGAGCUCCCAAUUGAUUUUAGGUUCUGAUUGAACGAAGUACUAACGAAGAUCGUUUAAUAACGUUUCAAUUAUCUUUCCUAUAUACUUGUGUUUUAUUCCAUUACUUUCCUGCCUGUUAAAAAAGGAUUAUUUUUCUAAUUACGCCUUUGCGUCUUGUACGCUCUCAUAGCAAACAGUAUUGUGUAUAAAAAGAACAAUUUGUAAAUAAACUUAUUACGUCUAAAUUACAUAAGAAUACAUAAAGUUUUUAUUUUUGAUUUCGAACGUUUUACACUUGUAGAGUAUUUAGUUAAAAGUUUAUUUUUUGAAUACAACGUAAAGCGAGAGGCAAAUUAGCGAGGAAAACCCAAAAGAGAAAAUGCAGAACAAAAGCUGAAGAAAAAAAGAAAAACACAAUUGUUGAAUGUUAAAAAAAGACACAUACACAUAUACAAAACAACCAUAGGUACAUACACACAUACAAGUAUAAACGUAUAUAUAAGAAUAUAUAGUACACUCGACAGCCCUUAAACCUGUAUUUAUUUGUAUUUGUAUAUUUGCAGACGAGAAAAGAAAUAUGAAAUAUGAAAACAAAAAAAGAAAACAACAUCAAAGAGAAAGAUGGAGGGUAUAAUUAACUAUGAGUAGCCAAUGGCAUCAAGAAAAGCGAAUGCCAUUCGCACAAAUUAUCGAAAGAAAUUACGGUCUAUCAAUUUUAUUGAUUUCGUCUUGUCCAAAACUCCUAUUAAUUAGUAUUUGCUGUAAAUAAUUUUUGCCUGCCUCUUUUUUAUCUCGCCGUCUCUGUCUCUGUCUCUAUCUUUCUCACACUAAUUUCACUUGUGUAGGAGGUAUAGUUUUAGCAUAAUUCCCUCUUUUAAUUUAAACAACAGUUUUCUUAACUACUUAUAAUAAUUAAUUAUAUAUUAUACGAAUAUAUGAUAAUGCAGAAAAAAAACCCAAGAAAAUACACAAAAAAACAAAGAAAAAAUGAAAAACAAAUACACAACUUAAUAUACACUGAAAACGAAACCCAAACAUGCAUUUCUGAUUUUCUCUUCGUUACGCUCACAAGAUUUUGGAAUACUUAGCCAGUAUAUAUUAUUUUCUUUCCACAAACAACAACAACAACAACAACAACAACGACACCAGACAACACAAACACGAAGAAAAACAAGUAAGUCAAAGGCAUGUGUAGGCGAUCAAAUACCAAACAAUAACCUUCUCAUGGAUCCAAAACCCCGAGCACAUAUUUACCUUUUUAAGUUCGUAAUGCAGAAAAGUAGAAGUUCAGUUGUGGCAAACUAGGAACACUUUCCCGAGUGCUUUUGUUUUUCCCCCGCUGAAGAGCACCUGAAGCCGCAAAGUUUGAGAUUAUGCCAGGAAUCCUUGGAUCCCUGCUGAAUGCCUUUGGUAAGUUGCGCGGGCUUUGGUCCUUUGGCCACAUGGAGCUCUUCACUUGGCGGUCAGACAAACUUUUCAACGAGGUCUAGAAAAUAGUUAUGCUUUUAUAUUACUCCCCAAGUCAAGUACACACAACUAAGUCGAAGCACAAAUGUCAACUUUAAUGGAAGUAAAUGUAAAGUGUUUGCAAAAAACGGAAAGGAUUUGGUAUUGCGAUUUUGAAAUUGAAAUUGACAAGGUUAAGAAGCGGUCAACGAACGACAAGAGUAAGAAAUAUAUUAAUAACCACAAAUAAAAUAUAAAUGUUAGUAAAACUAGGUGUAGCCACAUAAUAUUUUCGCUUUUGCUGAGCACAAAAGUGUUAGCCAUCGCUUGAAACUAAUAUUCAACAAGUAAAUCAUAUGUACUCGAUGUAGAACCGUGUUUAGUAAGAUCUAAGAUGCACCUGAACGAAAGUUGAAAAGUUUGUGCGUGAAAAGAGUUUAUUGAGGCAUUGGAGGCUGCAUGCAACGCGGCAACAACGAGUAUUAACAAGCCGCAGGUAAAAAAGACUUGGACCUAAAGUGGCCUUCAAUGGGCAUCAGGUGUUGUAGCCAUUGAUUCGGGCCAGCUUUUUAUGGCCAUGCCACGAAAAGCCGCACUCAAUGCGAAAACAACCAGAGCCACUGAUGCAAUUCAACGCCACUUUUAAUCCGCUUCACGUAAACAUUUAUCGCUGACCACUUAAAUAUAAACAAAAGUUGAUAAAACUGUCUAUGAAAAGAUUCCAAACAAGUCGCUAGAAAAUAUCUUUGAGUAAGUUGUAACGCUUUGCAUGCAAAUUGCCGAAAAUAAAUUACUUACAAAUGCAAUUUGACCAGCCAAAAUCAAUUUGAAAGAAAGUGAAGAGCUUUAGAAAUUUAACAACAUUUUUGGAAAUUUAUUACAAGCAGUUGAAGGGAUUCAGAAGUAUCUGUUAACCAAAAGCAGCCUUUAUAACUUUUAGUUUCUAACAACUUUUUUAUUGAUUGGUUUUUAAUAAUUUUUUCCCAAAUUACCAUCUAAUUUGUUGCAAUUACUUCCAGCCAAGCAUGCUCGUAUUUAUUAAUUCAAACUUAAUUGCACCCAUUAAGUAUUCAUGCAACUCAUUAAAAUUCCAUGACAACUUACACAAGCCAAAACACACACACUCUCGCCAGCUCUAAUAAAUUAUGUUCGAUUGAAACAAUUAGCGGGACAAAUUAAGACAAACAAUUAGCAUAAACAAUUUUUGCACUGUUGCACAUUUUAUGUGAUAAAUAAUUAUACCAAAUCAAAAAGGGAAAAAUGAAACACACAAGUUAUAUAUGUAUUGACAUGCACCGCAAUUGCACUUAGCUAAAAAUUAUGAUGGAAACAAGGACACCUGAAUUCGCAUUAGAGCCUGAUUAAUUAGUGAUUCUUUUUAUGUGCAUCGUUGUUCUAGUAACUGCACAGAUCAGCACAGAAAGAUACUCCCAGCAGGAAGGAAGCCAUCUCGAGUUGGUGGGGCCAGCAGAUCAGUCUUCCACGGCACCAGAACCCCCAAUACUCCAGAUCCCCUCCUAAAAAAAAACAUAAAUCCCCAUUUAGCUUUGGACGCACAGGGAUCAGAGUCCCCGAAAACCCGAUCAUCAGGAAUGGCCAGUUUUAAUGGAAUCAAGUGAAUAUUUUCGAGCUAUAAACAUAAGUAGUCACAAGUACCUUAAAUGCAAAUCGAAAUGUAUGUGGGAGUUACCACGAUUGGCCACGCCCACUGCAACAAUAAGGGGCGUGUGGGCGGGCUGAAUACAUACAUUCCCUAGAACAUGCACACAAUCAAGGCUUAAAAGCAAUCCGUCCUCAAUUGACACUUUUGAGCGGAAUCCUCCACAAAACACUCAAGCAGGCCGAGGAGUUCGACUCUCGAGUUUAAUUAGGUCUUAACUAUGCCCCCUUCCCUGUGACCACGCCCCCAUCCCCUGCACGCUCACACACAUAUGCACACACACUCACGCACUGAGAAGCAAAUGCACUUAAAUUGUAAAUGUUGUGAUUAUAUAGCACCGCCUCAAAGUAUGCACCAAAAUUUUUGACAAAUGUAUUUUUGCACUAUUUUUAAAUGCACAAGCAAAAAGCGCCCAGUUUAACGAAAUUAAACAAGUAUUUUAACUAAAUUAGUUCUUAAAUGUUGAAUAUGAAAGAUAUACCUAAAACAACAACCUGGUGAGGGAUUUUCCUUUAACGUUCUUAUGUUAACUUAAACCAAAAGUCAAGAAAAGUCUGCGAAACAUUUUAUUCAAUCGAUAUGCAAUGUAAAUACAGAACAAAGUGGUACGGAAGAAGGCUACUACGAAGUCGAAGUAAUUUAGAGAUUGUCACUAUGUAAAUAGACCAAAAACCGAACACAAAAACAGAGGAAGAGGAGGUAGAAGUGGAAGGACGAAGGACGAAGAGAGAGCCACAAGGAAGUGGUAGGAUCAGGCGACAAAGGACGAUGUUUUUAACUUUAAUUAGAAAGUGUUUUAUGUAUUAUGUACGUACGAGUAUGGUAGCCCACACAGGAAGUCCUACUAAUAAUUUCUAAGCCAUUUAACUUGUAAAUUAUUAUGGUUAUAAAUGUAUAAUGUAAAUGAAAGCGAGUCGAGUCGAGUCGAGUAUAUAGUGUUUGGGAUCGGAGGAUGCGGGUGGAUGAGAACCCGCGUAGGAUGACAACGCGACUCCGGCAGGAACUACCAGAUAUAUAGAUGUGUACAUGUGUAUGGUUAUAAAUUACACCUACUUCAGUUCGCCUACGAGUCUAAAUACAUAUAGGUACAUAGCAGAUAUAUAUAUAUAUAUUUCCAACUGGUGAACCCAAAACUGGACUCGAGUUCAAGCGACAAAAAACCCAAAAACACAAAAACCCAAGCCCAAAAACAAAUAGAAACCAAAUGAAAACGAUACCAUUAUUAAUAUUGAAAUUUA